GUGCUGCUUUCGAUUUCGCUACUGGUGCCGCUCUGUUCGAAGAUCUGCGGUUGCAGAACGCUGGACAGCGACGCGAACACGCCGCUGGAGCCGUUCGUGAAACUGUUCCUGGAGCAGGCCAGCGACCAUGACUUGCACUCGAAGGGCGACACCUGCGGUCCAACGACCGACAACAAGGUGCCGGCCAAGGAGACGAUUACCGAAGUGCAGCCGAAGGCGCCCGAAGUGAAGGCCAUCGAUGUCGCCGACCUGGUGGAUAAGCAGCAGUGA